AUGUCCUCUGCCUUUUCGUUGAUCAUACCAUUCAUCUUAUUCAACCAACUCAUCCUUGUCUCCACAGAAGAGAUGAAGAUAACGUGCGAGGAGAGCUGCAGUUUGCUGAUAGAUGGUGUGGACACACCUGUGAAGCAGACCUCAAAAUCUCAAGCCGUCAGUAUUGAAGUGCCAGGCGGGACAAAGACGUUGGGAGUGAAUAUAAAAUCAAAGAUGCCGUUUGGAGGUGUGAUGAUCGAAUCGAGCGAGGGAAAAUUUGACACCGAUGUUUCCAACUGGAAAUGCACAAAUAAAGCUCAGGCAGGUAAUGAUUGGUCAAAAAAUCCCUCAUCUUUUUUAUCGUGGCCUGAGGCCUCAAUGGUGGCCGCCAACAGUGACUGCAAGUUCCCAGGACCCGAGCAAGCGUUCAGCACUUGCGUCGAAAACAUGUUGGCCAUGUCGAUGUGGAUUUGGAGUUCGGACGUCUCGCAGACCAGAGGUCAUGAUGAUGUCUUCUGUGCGUUGGAUGACCAUUCCAUAGAAAUAACUUACAAUGUCACGGAACAGCUUUGGAUAACGCAUAAUAAAACUACUGAUGCACCGGAUUUAGCGGCAAAUAGAAUUACACCGACAAUCAAGGGCAAGGUCCCAAAGGGAAACAAAAAGAAAGAAAAUGACAGAAUGGAUAUUGACAAAGGUGGUGGAGAUAGUGGAGGCGGUGGUGGUGGAAACAGUGGUGGUGGUGGAAAUAGUGGUGGUGGUGGUGGAAAUAGUGGUGGUGGUGAUAAUAAUAGUACGGGAAAAGAUGAAACCGGUAGAAGCGGAGGUUCGAAGGUUGGAAUCAUCAUUGCGGUCGUUGUGGUUCUCCUCAUCCUUUUAUUAGCGGUGGCCACGUUUUUUGCCGUUCGACACGCUCGCAAUAAAAGUUUACUGUUUGUACCUGACACAAUCUCGGCUCUCGGUCGAAGGAAUAUUUUGGCAAGGGGUCCUGCGGUGUGGAAUGGUUUGCCUAUGGACCUUCGUGAUCCUGCUUUUCAUUUUGUAAAAAGCUGA